CUGCGAAGGGGCGACAGCCACUGACUCAGAAGCCCCCGCCAUUUUCCAGUUUGAACUGCAGGCGGGGACCCUGGGACCGGAAGUCCGAGUUCCAACUAGUGGAAGGAGCACACGUCCUGCCUGAAACUCGAGGGGACGCAGCCUAAGCGUUCCGGCUUUUGCUUCGCAAUGCGUGUUUAGAGAAGUGGCGGCUGCAGAAGUGACGAUGGGCGCGGUUGGCAUGGGGCUGGUGGAUUGUCACUGCCACCUGUCCGCUUCGGACUUUGAUAGCGAUCUGGACGAUGUGUUGGAAAAAGCCAAGAAGGCCAAUGUUAUGGCCCUUGUAGCAGUUGCUGAACAUUCAGGAGAAUUUGAAAAGAUUAUGCAACUUUCAGAAAGAUAUAGCGGGUUCAUUCUGCCAUGCUUGGGUGUUCACCCAGUUCAAGAAUUUUCACCAGAAGACCAAAGAAGUGUUACAUUAAAGGAUUUGGAUUUAGCUUUGCCUAUCAUCGAGAAGUAUAAGGAUCAGUUGUUGGCAAUUGGAGAGGUUGGACUAGAUUUCUCUCCCAGAUUUGCUAACACUGAUAAACAGAAGGAAGAGCAAAGACAAGUUCUAAUCACACAGGUUCGAUUAGCCAAAAGACUAAAUUUGCCUCUAAACGUUCACUCGCGCUCAGCUGGAAGACCUACCAUCAGCCUCUUGCAGGAACAAGGUGCUGAUAAGGUACUGCUGCAUGCGUUUGAUGGCCGGCCAUCUGUAGCCAUGGAAGGAGUAAGAGCUGGGUACUUCUUCUCAAUUCCACCUUCUAUCAUAAGAAGUGGACAGAAGCAGAAACUUGUGAAACAGUUGCCUUUAACUUCCAUCUGCUUAGAAACAGAUUCACCUGUGCUAGGACCAGAAAAACAGGUACGGAAUGAGCCCUGCAACGUUUCUAUUUCAGCUGAAUAUAUUGCCCAAGUGAAGGGAAUCUCAGUGGAAGAAGUGGUAGAAGUAACAACACAGAAUGCAUUGAAACUCUUUCCCAAGCUUCAACACCUGCUCCAGAAAUAGCUUCAAAACCAUUCAUUGCAUAAUCAAAUCAGCUUCAAGGGGCAACAUUUGAGAAAAAGAAAUGUACAGAUUAAGAAUCUGAACUGAGGCUGGGUGCAGUGGCACAUGCCUGUAAU